AUGAGUCGUCAUCCAGAAGUGAAGUGGGCCGAGACUACUGAGAAGAUCUUCCUCACCGUUGUAUUAGCGGAUACUAAGGACGCAAAAGUUGAUCUAAAACCAGAAGGUGUCUUUGAUUUCUCUGCAAAAGCUGGUCCAGAAGACCACGUUUAUGAACUUAAUCUCGAACUUCACGAUAAAGUCAAUGUUGAGGAAAGCAAGAUCAGCAUUGGAGCAAGAAGCAUCGUGUGCAUAAUAGAGAAAGCAGAGCCAGAAAGGUGGGAUAAGCUACUCCGUGGAGGGAAAGCGCCACACUAUGUCAAGGUUGACUGGGACAAGUGGGUAGAUGAGGAUGAAGAAGGCAACGCUGGUGCCGGAGAUAUGGAUAUGGGAGGAAUGGGAGGAAUGGGUGGAAUGGAUAUCUCGAACUUUGGUGGAGGAAUGGGUGGUAUGGGUGGUCUUGAAGGCCUAGGUGGCAUGGGUGGUAUGGGUGGUAUGGCCGGACUCGAAGGCAUGAUGGGUGGUAUGGGAGGUAUGGGUGGUAUGGGAGGAGGAAUGGGAGGAAUGGGUGAUAUGGGUGACUUUGAAGACAGUGAUGACGAAGGAGAAACCGCAAUACCAGGAGACAAGAAAGACGGAGAAGCCGUUAAGGAAGAAGCGAAACCAGUAGCGGUAGAGCAAACGACACCAGCAGCUGUUAAGGAAGUCAAGUGA